CCGGUGACUGUUUUGCCACUGGAGUUAGGGAGGAAAAUGCUCCGCUGCUGCGGCUGGGGACUGAUCGUGGCAGCGCUGCUGCUGUGGACCGCCGGGCAGUGCCAGCAAAGAGGCUUAUUUCCUGCCAUCCUGAAUCUUGCUAGCAAUGCUCACAUCAGUGCCAAUGCCACCUGUGGUGAGAAAGGUCCAGAGAUGUUCUGCAAACUUGUGGAGCAUGUGCCAGGACGACCAAUCCGAAAUGCACAGUGCAGAAUUUGUGACCAUAACAGUGCUAGUCCAAAAGAACGUCAUCCAAUCUCAAAUGCCAUAGAUGGUACUAAUAAUUGGUGGCAGAGUCCAAGCAUUCAAAAUGGGAGAGAAUACCACUGGGUGACAAUUACUCUGGACCUAAGACAGGUUUUUCAAGUGGCAUAUAUUAUCAUCAAAGCUGCUAAUGCUCCUCGACCUGGAAACUGGAUUUUGGAACGCUCCCUGGAUGGCAUAGACUUCACACCCUGGCAGUAUUAUGCCAUCAGUGAUACAGAAUGUUUGACUCGGUAUAAUAUCACUCCAAGAUUAGGACCCCCUACUUAUAAGAGAGACGAUGAAGUCAUCUGCACCUCCUACUAUUCUAGAUUAGUCCCACUUGAACAUGGAGAGAUUCACACAUCACUGGUCAAUGGCAGACCCAGUGCCGAUGAUCUCUCACCAAAGUUGCUGGAAUUUACCUCAGCCCGAUAUAUCCGUCUCCGCUUGCAGAGGAUUAGAACGCUCAAUGCUGACCUUAUGACUCUCAGCCAUCGUGAUCCUAAAGAUCUUGACCCCAUAGUCACAAGAAGAUAUUAUUAUUCUAUAAAAGAUAUUUCCAUUGGAGGAAUGUGCAUUUGUUAUGGUCAUGCUAGUAGCUGCCCAUGGGAUGAAACUACAAAGAAACUGCAGUGUCAGUGUGAACAUAAUACGUGUGGCGAGAGCUGUAAUGAAUGCUGCCCUGGUUUUCAUCAGCAACCUUGGAGACCUGGAACUAUUUCUUCUGGUAACACAUGUGAAGAGUGCAACUGUCAUAAUAAAACCAAAGACUGUUACUAUGAUCAGAGUGUUGCCAAUCAGAAGAAAAGUAUGAAUACUGCUGGGCAUUUCAAAGGUGGAGGAGUCUGUGUUAAUUGUCUACAAAAUACAGCAGGAAUCAACUGUGAAACUUGUAUUGAUGGAUACUAUAGACCACAUAAAGUUUCUCCUUAUGAGGACAAUCCAUGUCUUCCAUGUAAUUGUGAUCCUUUUGGUUCACUCAGUUCAAUCUGUGUUAAGGAUGAUCAACAGUCUGACCGGUUGAAUGGGAACUGGCCAGGUCAGUGCCAAUGUAGAGAAGGUUACACAGGAGAAAAAUGUGAUCGUUGCCAGUUCGGCUACAAGGGUUACCCAAAUUGCUUUCGUUGCAAUUGCAGUCUGGCGGGUAGUAUAAAUGAUGACCCAUGUACUGAGCCUUGUCUUUGUAAGGAAAAUGUUGAAGGGGAAGAAUGUGAUCAUUGUAAACCAGGAUUUUAUAAUCUGGAGGAAAGGAACCCGGAGGGUUGCACAGAAUGUUUCUGCUUUGGUGUUUCUGAUGUCUGUGAUAGCCUUUCCUGGCCCGUCAGUCAGGUGACUGAUAUGUCUGGGUGGCUGGUCACUGACCUGUUCAGUUCAAAUAAUAUCCAGUCUCAGCAAAACCAGGUGGAUGGACUGCAUCAGAUAAGUAUCAACAACACUGUGGCCAUGCAAAUGCUCAAAUCCAAGUAUUACUGGUCGGCUCCCAUAGCAUAUCUUGGAAAUAAAUUGACUGCCUUUGGUGGCAACCUCAAAUAUACUGUGUCUUAUGAUAUUCCAAUGGAGACUCUGGACAGUGACUUGAUGUCCCACGCAGAUGUUAUUAUUAAGGGAAAUGGACUCACUUUAAGCACAAGGGCUGAGGGCUUGUCAUUGCAACCUUAUGAAGAGUACUUUAAUGUAGUGAAGCUUGUUCCUGAAAACUUCAGAGAUUAUAAUACCAAAAGAGAAAUUGACCGGGACCAGCUGAUGACUGUGUUAGCCAAUGUGACUCAUCUUUUGAUCAGGGCCAAUUAUAAUACUGCAAAAAAGGCACUGUAUAGAUUAGAUACUGUGACUUUGGAUACAGCAAACCCAAAUGUCAUAGAUCUGGUGCUGGCUACUGAUGCAGAACAUUGUGAAUGUCCUCAAGGGUAUACUGGGAUCUCCUGUGAGUCUUGUCUCCCAGGAUAUUACCGUGUAGGUGGAAUACUCUUUGGAGGAAUCUGUCAACCCUGUGAGUGCCACGGCCAUGCUACUGAAUGUGAUAUUCAUGGUGUCUGCUUGGCUUGUAAGCACAACACUAUGGGAGCUCACUGUGACCAGUGUUUACCAGGUUUUUAUGGGAAUCCUUCCAGAGGGACAGCAGAAGACUGCCAGCCCUGUGCAUGUCCCCUUACAACUGCCUCCAACAAUUUCAGCCCUACUUGCCAUUUGGAUGAUGGAGAUGAAGUUAUCUGUGAUCAGUGUCAACCAGGAUAUACAGGAAUGUGGUGUGAGAGAUGUGCAGACGGUUACUAUGGAAAUCCAACAGUACCCGGGGAAUCCUGCGUCCCAUGUGAUUGCAGUGGCAAUGUGGAUCCCCUAGAAGUUGGUCACUGUGACACAGUUACUGGAGAAUGUUUGAAGUGUACAGGGAACACAGAGGGCCCUCACUGUGAGAGAUGUGCUGAUGGGUUCUAUGGGGAUGCUCUUGUGGCUAAAAAUUGUCAAGCUUGUUCAUGCCAUGGAGGAAGCUCUCUUUCCAGUAUCUGCCAUCAUGAGACUGGUCUCUGCAACUGCAAACCAAAUGUUAUUGGACAGCAUUGUGAUCAAUGCUUGAAUGGCUAUUAUGGUUUGAACACAGGACUUGGUUGCCUGCCCUGUAACUGUAGUCAGUUAGGUUCAGUGUCUGACACUUGUAGUGAUGAAGGGCAGUGUCACUGUAUGCCAGGAGUUGCUGGGCAAAGAUGUGAUCGGUGUGCUCGCGGCUUUUAUGGUUAUCAAGAUGGCAGGUGCACACCUUGUAACUGUGCUCAUACUGAGAAUACCUGUGAUCCACAAUCUGGAGAAUGUAUCUGCCCUCCUCAUACUCAAGGAUUAAAGUGUGAAAAAUGUGAAGAUGAGUACUGGGGACAUGAUCCUGAGCUGGGAUGCAAGGCUUGCAAUUGCAGCAGUAUAGGAUCAACCAGUCGUCAGUGUGAUUUGUCAACUGGCCAAUGCCCAUGUCGACAGCAAUAUGGAGGACAAAGAUGCAAUGAGUGUGCCUUAGGUUUCCGAGACUACCCAGAUUGUGUAUCCUGUGACUGUGAAAUGAGUGGUACAAAAAGAGACACGUGUGAUGAGAAACGAGGUGUUUGUAGUUGUGAAGAAGAAACGGGCACCUGUUUUUGCAAGGAAAAUGUGUUUGGUCUUCACUGCAGUGAAUGUAAGAUGGGAACUUUUGCACUCCAUGAUAACAAUCCCUUGGGCUGCUCUCCUUGUUUCUGUUUUGGGAUGACACACUUCUGUUCAGAAUUAGAAGGAUAUGUUAGAAUCCCUAUAACACUAACCCCAGACCAAUCUGUUCUGAGGGUGGUUUCCCAAAGCAAUCUUGAAGGAACAAUAGAGGGGGUGUAUUUCCAGCACCCUGAGGUCUUAUUGGAUGCUGUCACUGUCAGACAGUAUGUGAAUGCAGAACCUUUUUACUGGAGGCUACCCAGUCAAUUUCUGGGAGACCAGCUCAUGGCCUAUGGUGGAAAACUGAAGUACACGGUGGCUUUUUAUUCAUCAGAUGGUAUUGGGACUUACAACUUUGAGCCACAGAUUCUGAUAAAGGGUGGCCGCACUAGUAAGCUUGUCAUUUACAUGAAUAUCCCGGCUCCUGAGAAUGGAGUGAGAAAGGAACAAGAAGUAGACAUGAAGGAGAACAUUUGGAAAUAUUUUAACUCUGUGUCCGAAAAGUCUGUAACACGUUCGGACUUUAUGUCAGUUCUUAGCAACAUUGACUAUAUCCUGAUUAAGGCCUCAUACGGUCAAGGAUUAUUACAAAGCAGAAUUGGAAAUAUUUCAAUGGAAAUUGGAGUAAAGUCUGAAGAGAUGCACUCCAAGAGAGAGAUAGCAUACCUUCUAGAGAAUUGUGACUGCCCUCCUGGAUUUGCUGGAUACUCAUGUCAGGAUUGUGCACCUGGGUAUCACAGGGCAAAAAUUCCAGAAGUUGGUGUCAGAGAACCCCGCCCUCUGAUAGCACCAUGCGUGCCUUGCCAUUGUAACAACCACACUGAAACUUGUCAUCCAGAGACUGGGAAGUGCCUGAAUUGCCGAGAUAACACAGCCGGAGAUCAUUGCAAUGUGUGUGCUCCAGGGUACUAUGGGAAAGUACUUGGCUUUGCCAAUGACUGCUCUCUCUGUGCCUGUCCCAGAAGCAAUGCCAGUUUUAGUCCAACCUGUGUCCUAGAAGGUGAGAAUGACUUCUGGUGUAAUGCUUGCUCUCUGGGAUAUGAAGGACAAUACUGUGAAAAGUGCUCCUCUGGUUUUUAUGGACAUCCUUUAAAGGUGGGCGGCAGUUGCCAGCCGUGUGACUGUGAUCCAAAUGGCUCUCUUCAUAGUUUUUGUAACACCACAUCUGGGCAGUGUAUCUGUAAACCAGGUGUCACUGGCCGUGCCUGUGAUGAAUGUGAACCAAGGCAUAUCCUGGUGGAAAGCAAAUGUGUUUCUUGUGAUGAUGAAUGUGUAGGUGUAUUGUUAAAUGACUUGGAUAAUAUCACUGAUGCCAUUUCCUCUGUGAAUCUCACUGGCAUCGUUCCUGUCCCAUAUGGAAUUUUAUCUGACCUGGAAAAUGCAACAAAAAAUCUCAGGGAGUCAUUAGUAAGUAAUAAAAUGACAGUUUCACUGGAAAGGGCGAAAAAGCAGCUUGAAGACAUUUCAGAAGACACAGAUAACUUGCAGAAAGAGCUCAUUCAGGUGUUAGAGAGUAGUCAGCAUUUGAAUGUCAUCACAGAAAGAAUACUGAAGAAGAGUCAAGACUUAGCCACAUUUGUUGAGAAACUGAGGACUAAUAUAAAAGUUAUUAUUGAAGAAGCAGCAGCCCUAAAUGAAACUUGGAGCAUCAAUUUGCAGCUGCCCAAUACUACUCUGCAAAAUAUGCAAGAGGACAUUGCAUCCAUGCUGGAAGUCUUACAGAAAAGGAAUCUCAUGCAAUUACACCAAAAUGCUACUACUGAGCUCAAAGCUGCCAAGAAUUUACUGUCACGAAUUCAGAAGAAUUAUAAGAAACCACAGCAAGAUUUGAAGGAACUAAAAGAGAAAGCAAACAACCACUUUUUAGAGUAUAGCAACAAGCUACAGGAAGCACAAACUUUAGUUAAUGAGGCAGAUGCCAAAACCAAAGAGACCAACCGUCUGUUGCUUAUUAUCACUACUAAUUUAGAAGAAUUAAAGGAUAAAAAACUGCGUGUUUUGGAAAACCAAAAUUUGUCAUCUACGUUAAUUGAGAAAGGGAAAGGAAUCAUAGCAACUGUUGCUGCACUUUCAAAGGAUGCCAAAAAUGCUACUGAGAAGCUGGAACUUCAGCGUGAUGAGCUGCUCUUGUGGAGUGCCAAAAUAAGACACCAUGUGGAUGAAUUAGUCAUGCAGAUGUCUAAGAGAGGAGCCAUUGACCUUGUCUAUAGGGCAGAGGAUCAUGCAGCUGAGCUGAUGAGACUGGCAGAUCUGCUAGACAGGGGACUUACAGAUGUGAGAGAUGUUUCUCUCAAUGCAACAAAUGCCGUCCAUGCCCAUUCCAGCAUCCAAAGCUUGAUUGAAGGUGCAGAGAAAUUGGCAGUUGAAGCUCUCAGGAAAGUAGAAAUUACAAACUUGUCAGUGGGACCCCUUGUUUCUAAUGGGGAAGUAGCUCUCCAGCAUGGUGCCAAACUUCUAAGGGAAGCCAACAAUCUGGAUGGAAAAACUAAAGGUGUUAUGUCCAAAAUGAGUGAACUGAAAAAAAAGGUAAACAGAUUUCAGGAGCGUGCUCAUAAACUUACUAAGCAACUUAAUGAUUCACUGCUGAUGCUUGGAGUGAUGAUGCCUGAUGGUACCCAGGAGAUAGGAGUGAAGACCAAAGAGAUGGCGAGAGCUGCUAAUGAGAAUGCCACUAGCACUUUGAACGACAUUGUGGAUUUCAGUCAGAAGCUGCUCAACACUUCAUCUGCAUUGUCCAGGGUUAAUGAAACAUUGAGAAAAACCAAUCAGCUCCUAAGUGACUCAUCACAGGCUACUAUGUUGGUUGAAAGGAAAGUAAAAGAAGUGAAAACACAAGCCAAUCUUUUAUUUGAUCGUUUGAAGCCUUUGAAAAUGCUUGAGGAGAACUUGAACAGAAACCUGUCUGAAAUUAAAGAGUUGAUCAGUCAGGCCCGAAAGCAGGCGGCAUCUAUUAAAGUGGCUGUAUCUGCAGAUCGAGACUGUAUCCGUGCCUACCAGCCUCCAAUAUCCUCUACCAACUACAACACCUUAAUGUUAAAUGUUAAAACCAGUGAACCUGAUAACCUCCUGUUCUACCUGGGUAGCAGUGCCAGUUCUGACUUUCUGGCUGUUGAGAUGCGACAUGGAAAGGUGUCUUUCCUUUGGGAUGUAGGCUCUGGGUCUGCACGAUUGGAAUUUUCAGACUUUCCAAUAGACAACAAUAAAUGGCACCAAAUAUAUGUAACCAGAUUUGGGAACACUGGCUCAUUGAGUAUAAAGGAAAUGAGCUCUACCCAGAAGCCAUUAACCAAAACUGCUAAAUCCCCUGGGACAGCUAAUGUGCUAGAUGUAAACGAGUCCACAUUAAUGUUUGUUGGAGGACUUGGAGGACAAAUAAAGAAGUCACCUGCUGUGAAAGUUACUCAUUUUAAAGGAUGCAUGGGAGAGGCAUCUUUAAAUGGAAAAUCUAUUGGCCUAUGGAACUAUAUUGAAAGGGAAGGCAAAUGCAAUGGCUGUUUUGGAAGUUCACAGAAUGAAGAUUCCUCAUUUUAUUUCGAUGGGAGUGGAUAUUCAAUUGUGGAAAAGACACUCCGGUCUACUGUGACUCAGAUAAUAAUGCUAUUCAGUACCUUUUCACCCAAUGGUCUUCUCCUCUACCUUGCUUCGAAUGGCACAAGAGAUUUCCUCUCUAUUGAGCUGGUGGAUGGCAAAGUUAAACUAACUGUUGACCUGGGUUCAGGGCCUCUUGCUCUUAUUACAGACAGACGUUACAAUAAUGGGACCUGGUACAAGAUUGCAUUCCAACGUAACAAAAAGCAAGGACUCUUAGCAGUUUUUGAUGCAUAUAAUACCACUUCUAAAGAAACAAAGCAAGGUGAAUCUCCUGGAGGGUCAUCUGACCUAAAUCGCUUGAAUAAGGACCCGAUUUAUGUUGGUGGAUUGCCCAAAACAAGAGUUGUAAGGAAAGGACUUACUAGCAGAUCAUAUGUAGGAUGUAUUAAAAGCCUGGAAAUAUCCAGAUCUACAUUUGACUUACUCAGAAAUUCCUAUGGAGUGAGAAAAGGUUGUUUACUGGAGCCUAUCCGAAGCAUCAGCAUCUUCAGUGAUGGGUAUAUUGAAUUGCCACCAAGGCCACUGUUAGUAGAGUCUGAGUUGAUGGCAACAUUUGCCACUAAGAACAGUAGUGGCAUCAUCCUAGCUGGCCUUAGCAAGGGAAAGGAUAAGAGAAGUCGUCGACAGGCCCAUGUGCCCUUCUUCUCCAUCGUACUGAUUGAGGGUCAUCUUGAAGUACAUAUUAAUCCUGGGGAUGGAAUGAGCACUCGAAAAGCCACCCUCCAUUCAAGCACAGGAACAUACAGUGAUGGGCAAGAACAUUCUAUCGUCUUGAUCAGGAAUAAAAGAAUCAUCACAGUCCAAGUAGAUGAAGCUAAUCCAACAGAAAUGAAAUUUGGGCCAUUGGCAGAAACCAGGAUCAUAAACGUAUCUAACCUGUAUGUUGGUGGAAUCCCAGAAGGCGAGGGCAUGUCUGUCUUCAGGAUGAGAAAAUCUUUUCAUGGCUGUAUAAAAAACUUGAUCCUCAAUAUGGAGCUUUUGGAUUUCACUAAUGCAAUUAGUUAUGAGCAAGUGGACAUGGACAGCUGCCUGCUCUCAGAAAAGUCUCGACCGGUUAUCCACGGAGAAGACAUUGAGCUUCAGCCAGAGGCUCGCCCCUUAUCAAGUCCUGAGCAGUGUGCAGUAGAUAGAGAGCCGGACUAUGUCCCCAGUGCCUAUCAAUUUGGCCUGGCUUCAGACAGUCACUUGCUGUUGCCUUUCAACCAGUCUGCUAUCAGAAAGAAGCUUUCAGUGCAGCUGACUCUCCGCACCUUUGCCUCGAGUGGUCUGAUUUACUACAUGGCUCAUCAGAACCAGGUGGAUUAUGCCACUCUUCAACUUCAUGGGGGACAGCUCUACUUCAUGUUUGAUCUUGGGAAAGGGAGAGCAAAAGCCUCCCAUCCUGCCUUUCUCAGUGAUGGAAAAUGGCAUACGGUGAAAACAGAGUACAUCAAAAGGAAGGGCUUCAUCACUGUAGAUGGACAAGAGUCUACAAUGGUGACCACCAUAGGAGAUGGUAACACCUUAGAUGUGGAAGGAAAAUUUUACCUUGGAGGCCUUCCAUUAAAUUACAGAGCCAAGAAUAUUGGAAAUAUUACCUAUGGCAUACCUGCCUGCAUUGGGGAGGUGGUGAUUAAUGGCAAACAGCUCGACAAAAAUAACCCGAUCUCUGCCUCUUCUGUAAAUAAAUGCUAUUCAGUGGCACAAGAAGGUACUUUCUUUGAUGGAAGUGGAUUUGUUGCACUUGUCAAAGAGGGCUACAAAGUUCGAUCAGAUGUCAAUAUCACACUAGAAUUUCGUACCACUGCAAUGAAUGGUGUUCUCCUUGGAAUUAGCAGUGCCAAAGUGGAUGCUAUUGGAAUAGAGUUGGUAAAUGGCAAAGUUUCAUUCCAUGUCAACAAUGGAGCUGGUAGGAUUACAGCUACAUAUGAACCGAAAUCUGCAAGUAGUCUUUGUGAUGGAAAGUGGCACAAGCUUCAAGCCCAUAAGAGCAAACAUCGGAUUGUUUUAAUUGUUGAUGGAAAUGCCAUUCCUGCUGAAAGCCCACACACUCAGUCCACAUCUGCAGACACUAACAAUCCCAUCUAUGUUGGGGGAUAUCCUGCUGAUACAAAGCAAAACUGUCUGAGCAGCCAGACCUCCUUCCGGGGCUGUAUGAGAAAGCUCACGUUCAUUAAGGGUCAACAAGUGGAAUCCAUUGACUUCAGCAAAGCCUUUGACCUCCGUGGAGUCUUCCCUCAUUCCUGUCCUGGGACUGAGCUCUAAAUUCCAAGAGAAAUAGCUGGUUGGGGAGCAUUUUAUUAAGUUUUAAUUGAAGGGAAAUGUAAUUGUGAACCCUCAGACUCUUAGUUCACCUUUACGUUCCAACUCAGGUCAGAUGUUUCUAGGGAGAAAUUUCAUAUUUGUGUUUAAAACUAAAACCACUUGUACAACAAAUACCUCUACUAAGUUGUCUCGAAUGUUUAUAGAAUUAAUUGGGUCUCUAAACAAAUUUUGCUUAAUCACUGUUUACAGUAAGUUUUUUUUCCUACUGAUUACUUGACAGUAUUCCAUUUUAUUGUAUAUUGGGUUUUAAAAAAGAAUAAAUGAA